AUAUGCCAUCUCUUUAUUUUCUAAUCUAACUUUAUAUACGCGUUCCGCGUUUGUUAUUAUUCUAAGGUGAAAGCCACAAAUUUCAAUAUUUACUAUUAAUAUAAUUUUGAAGAAAAUUAAGAUACAAAGGAAUAAAAUUCACUUUAUAAAACUAUGAGCCCUGUGGAAAGUGUGCCUGUAGCUGUAUUAAAUUGUGUAGAUGAUUAUGUGGAACUAUUAUAUGAUGAUAUCCCAGAAAAAAUAAAAGGAUCUGCAUUAAUCUUACAGCUGGCCAGAAAUCCUGAUAAUUUAAUAGAAUUGGCCCGUAAUGAAGCUCUUUUGAGUGCGCUCUCUAGGGUUCUCAGAGAAGAAUGGAAGAGAAGCAUUGAAUUAAGCACAAAUAUAGUUUAUACUUUUUUCUGUUUCUCUACUUAUAAUGAAUUUCAUCCAGUUAUAAUUCAAUAUAAGAUAGGGUCUUUAUGUAUGGAUGUAAUAGAUUAUGAACUCAAAAGAUAUGACCAAUGGAAAGAAAAAGUUGAAGGCAAGAAACAGUUGAUUACUCCUGAUAAGACUGAAUUGCCAAAAAGUCGAAUUCCUGAACCUAAACGACGUCCGAAAUCUGGUACAUGGGCUGUUGCCGAUGUGAAUUUACAGAAAUCUAGAUCAUUAGUAUCCAGUUACCAUGAAGACUUAUGCAAUGCAGCUGAUGACUGUUUGUCUAAAAAUGAUGAGGAACAGUUGAAAAGAAAACUUAAGACAUUGUCGAAAAGGCAGGAACAGUUAUUGAGAGUAGCUUUUUAUAUGUUACUCAACAUAGCAGACAAUGUAAAAGUUGAAGAAAAAAUGCAUAAAAAAGAUAUAGUUGGAUUACUUAUUGGCGCUAUGGAGAGACACUCUAACAUGGAUUUAUUAAUUCUUAUCGUUUCAUUUUUACAAAAAUUGUCAAUAUUUGUUGAAAAUAAAAACAGUAUGGCUUCGAGAGGAGUAGUUGAGAAAAUAGCACCUUUAUUAGACUCACAAAAUGCAGAUCUAAUAAAUGUUACAUUAAAGUUACUAUUUAAUCUUACGUUUGACACUAAAUUACGCAAUAAAAUGAUAAAAAUUGGUCUGCUGCCAAAAUUUAUUCAAUUUACAAGUGAUGAUAAACAUAUUAAUUUGGCAAUGAAAAUUUUGUACCACUUGAGCAUGGAUGAUAAAGUUAAAUUAAUGUUCACCCAGUCUGAUUGUGUAAAACUGCUGACCGAUAUGCUGUUACUGAACGUUAACAGUGACGCAUUUGGGAGUAGCGCGACGAGCACCACAGAUGUACUCCUCGCGUUGUGCGUGAACCUUGCUUGGUGCGACCGCGCCGCCCACCAGAUGGCAUCCGAAGGCCGUCUACGAGAACUUCUUGAGCGCGCUUUUCGAUACAAGAACACCAUGCUCAUGAAACUAGUACGGAACUUGUCGAAUCACGCUCAAAAUAAGCCAUUGUUUGUCGAAUUCGUCGGAGAUAUCGCUGGAGCCGUAACGAAUGGUGAUGUCCCCGAGGAAUUCAUUAUCGAAUGUAUUGGAACACUCAGUAAUAUGUUACAUGCGAACAAUGACAUAGAUGUAUAUGCUGUCGUAGAAAGAUACAAUUUAAUACCGUGUAUUAUGAAGAUACUAGAUCCAGAGAGCGGCAGCACGGCGGAGCUGGUGCUGGAGGGCGUGGCGGCGAGCGGCGCGCUGGCCGCCGAGGAGCGGUGCGCGGCGGGGCUGCUGCGAGCCGGCGCGGGCCGCGCGCUCGUAGCGCUGCUGCGACAGCGGCAGGCCGACGACGACCACGUGUUGCACACCGUCUACGCCUUCCGGCAGAUGCUGUCGCACCCGCGCGCCGCUGACUACCUCCUCACGCGCACCGAAGCUCCAGCCUAUCUAAUAGAUCUAAUGCAAGAUAAAAAUGUAGAAAUCAGAAAAAUGUGCGAUUCCUGCCUUGACAUAAUUUCUCAAAUGCAGAAUGAAUGGGCUGCGAGAAUAAAGGUGGAAAGAUUCAGAUGCCACAACGGGCAGUGGCUGUCAGUGGUGGAGACGCUGGGCGCAGAGGGCGGCGGUGGUGGUAGCGGCGGUGCUGGGGACGCGGCUGACGAUUUGCCGCCCUAUCUCUCCGCUGAGUACCUGACCACGCACCGACUCGCUACCUCGGAUUCACAAAUAUCAUUGAAUGACGACUCUGAUAGUUAUUCUGGAGAAAUGGAUAUUAACGGCGCCAACAGGAACGCUUCUGGUGAACCAAUUGAUGAAAUAUUUGGCACAGAGUCCUUGAUCGCUAAAGCAGCCGAUAAUGAUCCAUUAUUUAAAAAUGAUGUCAAUAUAUAUGCGUAAUUUUUCAUAAAUUUUCAUUCACUUAUUUAUCUAAUGCAAAAUUUAUUAUAAUUUACACUUCUUAUGUAACGCAUUAGUUAGUGAAUCUAAAAUAAUUUAGAUUCUGUAUUAAUAUUAUAAAUGCAAAAAUCUGUCUGUCUAUUGCCUAUCACAAAACGUUUAACUGUGAUGUUAAUGAAAUUUGACGAAAAGAUAUAUUUUACAGUGAGGCCGAAAAUAGGUUCUCUGAUAUAUAACAUAGUAGAUAUGGAUUACAACUAGUCAGGAUUAAAUAUGUAUUGAAUAAUAUUAAUCAAAUGUUAUUUAAUUUAUUACAAAUUUCUUUAUAGUUAUUACAAUAUACAUCAUUCCAUUUAUUUUAAUGUCUAUCUAUACUUGUAUUAUGAUGAUAUUCUAUGAUUAAGCUAUUAAUGUACAUAUAUUUUAUUGCACUCAAGUUAAUCAUAAAAUAUGCUUCAUGAUGGCAAAUAUUUAAAUAAUUAUAUUGAAAUUAUUAGAAGUAAAUAUUUUAUUUUGUAUUGAUUUUGUAGAACGCAUUUUCUAGACAUAGAAAUUGCUUGAAAUAUAAAUUAGAGAUACUAAGAAGCUUGCCUGUAAGAUUUAUCUGUGAGCUAAUUAUGUAAUACAGUGGCAAUUUCUUCUUAUAUAAAAUAUAUUGAAAUUAUAUGUACCUAAAGUAUUAGAUAAGUCCUUUAAUUCCCAACUGCAACUAAUUACUUUUAAUUCAUACAUACAUCAUCGCUUUUAUUUGAAAUUUGAAAUUUUAUUCGCUUUCUAUUAUGAAAUAACGAGUUUACGUUAUUCAUAAUUGAAAGAAUCCAAUUCUUUAUUGUUUAAUCAAGUUCUGGAUUCUUUAUUUGUAGUGUUAUAUGAACGGUACAGUUUUAAAUUGCUACUUACAGUGUAGCAACCAUUUUUCUAGUCCUUACUGGCAACACUGUGAUGUAGCAAAUAAUCGAUAUUCCCUAACAUUCUAAACCGAACAGAAGUUUUAUAUUUACUCGUAGUACUUAAAUAUUAUUGUUUUAUAUACUCUGUCUAGAAUUGGAAUAAGCAGUCAUGCACAAUAAAUAACACUAAACAUUUAUCUUUGUUUCUGUUACUACUAACCUACUUAUGAACGAUCAAUACCAAUAUAUUUUCCAGAAAUUAUUAUUGAUUUAAAUAUUCACCCCUUUUUAUAACGUUGAACUUUGUUAUUUUCAAGUAUUCACUGCAUAUGUACCUCUGACAGUGAAUC